AUGGCGCUAACCUUCUUCUUCCUCUUCUUCGCCUCUCACCUUCUUCUCUCUUGCAUCUCUGGACAAUCCACCUCUAUGGAAUCGGUUCCCGAUCUUCAGAACACUAUGUACACGGACGUUGAUGGAUUUCCUUGUGUGCGGUUGUUGAGUCUUUCUGGAACCAUCGGUUGUUCAAAUCCUGGGCGAGAUAAGGUCGUUGCUCCAAUUGUGAGGUUUGAAAAUGUUGAUCAUGUGUCAGAGUUGUCUUCUAUAUUGGUGUCAUUCGAUGAGUUUCCUGCUCUCUUUACCAGAUUAUCAGCUGACCCAAGCUUUGCAAGAAAAGUUGGUGGUGUACUAGUUGAACCAGUUAUUGAUUCACAAAAGAUAAAUGGAUUUUCUCCCGAUAAAAAGUUUCCGCAAGCUGAGUUUGCUCCUUACCAUAAUAUCAGCUAUGAAUGGAACCCAAUUGGUUCUGAUAUUAUGUGGAAAUCCUACAAUUUUCCUGUGUUUUUACUCACAGGAAGCGGCACAAAGAUUCUUCAAGAGUUUGUAUUAAAGAGUAAGGACAAAAAGGAAGCUUAUACUUCUAAUGUGGCUGAGUUUGAUCUGGUGAUGCAGACAAUGAAAUCUGGAACACAUGAUUCAGAGUCUUGUUUAAAAGAAGGAACUUGCCUCCCCUUAGGUGGAUACAGUGUUUGGUCGUCGCUUCCCCCAAUCAACGUUUCAUCCUUAAAACCGCCUAAGUCCAUUAUAUUGACGGUAGCUUCUAUGGAUUCUGCUUCCUUUUUCCGGGACAAAAGCUUUGGUGCAGAUUCCCCAAUUUCUGGCUUAAUUGCAUUACUGGCAGCAGCUGAUGCACUUUCUCGUUUGGAUGGUCUUGGUGGCCUUAGUAAACAGCUUGUUUUUGUAGUUUUCACUGGAGAGGCAUGGGGUUAUCUUGGAAGCAGAAGAUUUUUAGUAGAACUUGACGAGCACUCGGAUGCUGUUCAUGGCCUUAAUCACUCAUUAAUUGAAAAGAUCUUUGAAAUUGGUUCUGUUGGAAAGGGUUUCAAUCAAGGUGCUAAAAACUACUUUGCUCAUGUAGAAGGGGAUUCUUCUUCCACAAAUCAGAUAAUGGCUUCCCUGAAACAUGCUCAAGAGUCGCUACUCUCUGAAGAUAUAAAUAUCGCAUCUGCAAGUGCCUCAAAUCCUGGGAUACCUCCAUCAUCUUUAAUGACCUUUUUGAAUAAGAACCCAAAAAUCUCUGGUGUCGUGUUAGAAGAUUUUGACUCUUCCUUUGUCAACAAGUUCUACCGUAGUCAUCUUGAUGAUUUAUCAAAUGUGAACUCAUCAGCUGUAGUUGCUGCUGCUUCUCUUGUUGCUCGAACCCUGUACAUACUGGCUAGUGAAACUGAUGAUGUUCAAAAUUCAACUUUGGCUGCUAUAAAUGUAAAUGUCUCACUUGUUGAACAACUGAUGGAUUGCUUGUUGGAUUGUGAUCCUGGUCUUUCUUGUGAGUUGGUGAAGAAAUAUAUUUCGCCCGCUUCAACCUGCGCGAGCAAUUAUGUUGGUGUUAUCUUAGAUGAACCUUCAUCCACACCUUAUCCAGGAUACAUUAAUGACGUUCCUAGGUUCAUCUGGAAUUUUCUAGCCGACACAACUUCAAUUCCAAAGGGGAAUAAUAGCUCAGACUGUCAACAUGGUUGCAGUGGUAGCGAUGAAGUUUGCAUUAAAGCAGAGACUGAUGGAAAGGGUGUCUGCGCUCUCUCUACAACUAGGUAUGUUCCAGCAUAUUCGACACGAUUAAAAUUUGAAUCAGGAGUAUGGAGUAUUUUGCCCCCCAAUGGCUCAGAUAACAUGGGCGUCGUAGACCCAGUCUGGACAGAGAGCAACUGGAAUUCAUUAGGCAUUCGGGUCUACACAGUUCAAACUGCUGCUUACGAUUGGGUUGUUCUGUUUGGGGGAAUUGCUCUUACAAUCUUGGCAUACCUUGCAAUAGCAGUUACAAGAACUAUGGUUGCCAAAGCAACAAAGAGGGAUUGA